GGGCCACUUACAGCCAGAAGGCAAAGCGUGUUCAUCGAGAGCCGCGUUUUCUGAAGCCAUGCAAACACCGGACUACAAGGGCCAAAAAUUAGCAGAACAGAUUUUUCAAGGAAUCAUUCUUGUCUCUGCAAUAAUUGGUUUCAUCUAUGGAUACAUCACUGAACAGUUUGGAUGGACUGUCUAUAUAGUUAUGGCUGGAUUUGCUUUAUCGUGUUUGCUAACGCUCCCUCCGUGGCCUAUGUACCGCCGCAAUCCUCUGAAGUGGCUACCUGUCCAAGAGUCAGGAACAGAAGAAAAGAAGCCAGCAGACAGAAAGCCGAAGAGACAUGCUAAAAGCUAAAAAAAAUGUGGCUCUUCAUGCUGUUACUUUGUUAAAUUUUGUUAAAUGCAUUUCCACUGGGA